UAUCGAUUGAAAACUAUAUUGAACCAUGUGCAUUUGCAUUGCAUUUUGCAGCCAGCUGCACAGUUUUGUGCAACAGUAUCUGCAGCAGUCUUCAAACCAGCUGCACCCCGAGGAUGCCAAACAUCAACAGGAAACCCACAGAAGGCUACUUGCACGAUGCUACUUGAAGCUGGGCCAGUGGCAGGAGAGCCUGCAGGGCAUCAACGAGCAGUCGAUCCCAGCUGUUCUUCAGUACUACGCCGCAUCCACCGAGCAUGACAACUCGUGGUACAAGGCGUGGCACGCCUGGGCAUACAUCAACUUCGAAACCGUCCUCUUCUACAAGCACCAGCAUCAGGCCAUAGGAGAGCCGCCCACUCCACGUGCCGCCGCCCCUCUGCCAAGCAACCAGUACAUCACCAAGUUCACGGUGCCGGCGGUGGAGGGCUUCUUCCGGUCGAUCGCCCUGUCGCACGGCAGCUCGCUGCAGGACACCCUCCGUCUGCUGACUCUCUGGUUCGACUACGGCCAGUGGCCCGAGGUCUACGACGCCAUUGUUGAGGGCAUUCGCAGUAUUGAGAUCGACACUUGGCUGCAGGUGAUUCCGCAGCUGAUAGCCCGCAUCGACACGCCGCGUGCGUUGGUUGGCCGCCUGAUCCAUCACCUGCUGAUGGACAUAGGCAAGCAUCACCCGCAGGCGCUCGUCUACCCACUAACUGUCGCCAGCAAGUCCAACAGUCUGCCGCGCCGCAAUGCCGCCAACAAAAUUCUCAAAUCCAUCUGCGAACACAGCCAACUGCUCGUGCAACAGGCUAUGAUGGUAAGCGAUGAACUGAUUCGCGUUGCAAUCUUGUGGCAUGAGUUGUGGCACGAAGGCCUCGAAGAAGCAAGUCGGCUCUACUUUGGAGAGCGCAAUGUGAAGGGCAUGUUCGAUACUCUCGAGCCUCUGCAUGCGAUGCUCGAAAGAGGACCUCAAACUCUCAAAGAAACUUCAUUCAAUCAGGCGUACGGUAGAGACCUGGUGGAGGCGGUGGAGUGGUGCCACCGGUACAAGGGCUCGGGCAACGUGCGCGACUUGAACCAGGCGUGGGACCUCUACUACCACGUGUUCCGGCGCAUCUCCCGCCAGCUGCCACAGCUGACCAGCCUCGAGCUGCAGUACGUCAGUCCCAAGCUGCUGGUGAGCCGCGACCUCGAGCUGGCUGUGCCUGGCUCCUACUGCCCCGGUCAGCCCACUGUGCGCAUCGCACACAUUCAGAGCUCACUGCAGGUCAUCACCUCCAAGCAGCGCCCGAGAAAGCUAUGUAUCAAAGGAAGCAACGGCAACGACUACAUGUUUCUACUGAAAGGUCACGAGGAUCUCAGACAAGAUGAAAGAGUGAUGCAGCUUUUUGGUCUGGUCAACACUCUUUUGCUCAAUGACCCUGAUACUUUCAGAAGAAACUUGACAAUUCAGCGCUACGCAGUGAUUCCGUUGUCGACGAACUCAGGCUUGAUUGGAUGGGUGCCGCACUGCGACACUCUCCACACCCUCAUCAGGGACUAUCGAGACAAGAAGAAGAUUCUUCUGAACAUAGAGCACCGAAUCAUGCUGCGUAUGGCUCCGGACUAUGAUCACCUCACGCUCAUGCAGAAGGUCGAGGUAUUCGAGCAUGCUCUUGAGACGACACAAGGAGAUGAUCUGGCCAAACUGCUGUGGCUCAAAUCACCGUCGUCUGAGGUUUGGUUUGAUCGCAGAACCAAUUACACUCGUUCAUUAGCUGUUAUGUCUAUGGUUGGCUACAUUCUUGGACUUGGCGACAGACAUCCUUCGAACCUGAUGUUGGACCGAUUGAGUGGGAAGAUCCUGCAUAUUGACUUUGGUGAUUGCUUCGAAGUAGCAAUGACACGAGAGAAGUUCCCGGAGAAAAUUCCUUUCAGACUCACUCGAAUGCUCAUCAACGCCAUGGAGGUGACAGGCAUCGAAGGCACGUACCGGCGGACGUGCGAGAGUGUGAUGUGGGUGCUGCACCGCAACAAGGACAGUCUGAUGGCGGUGCUGGAGGCGUUCGUGUACGACCCGCUGCUCAACUGGCGCCUCAUGGACCCGACGGGGCCGCAGGGUGGGGGCGGAGGCGGCAUGAAGGCCGGUGCCAAACGCAGUGUACCGUCGUCGUCAUCCUCACGGGACGACCCGGGUGAGUUGCUCGCCAACAGCGUCGCUGCGGCCGCCGCCAGUCUUGGCCCCCCGGCCAACCUCGGCCCCGCCAAGAAGCCCCCUGUGCCCAGCAGUGUCGAGAAUGCCGGUGAGAGCAGUCAACCGGAAGCGUUGAACAAGAAGGCGCUGACCAUUGUGACACGAGUGAGAGAGAAGCUGACCGGCAGGGACUUCUCACACGAAGAAACGCUGACAGUGCAGCGCCAGGUUGAGCUGCUCAUUCAGCAGGCAACUGCCAACGAGAAUCUAUGUCAAUGCUACAUUGGGUGGUGUCCAUUCUGGUGAGAUGUUAC